AUGGGCAGCCCGGGCUGCGAGGUGGGUCCAGCCGGGCCGGGGGAGCCCGCCUUGGAGGCUCUGUGUCCCGAGUGUGGCCAGAUCCACCGCAGCUGGGAGAACCACCUUUUCAACUACCGUCUGGAAGUGGACGACGACCUGGUCUGCCACAUCUGCCUGCAGCCGCUGGUGCAGCCACUGGACACACCGUGCGGACACACAUUCUGCGCCCGCUGCCUGCGGAGCUUCCUCCAGGAGAGGGACUUCUGCCCGCUGGACAGGACGCGGCUGCAGCUGCAGGCGUGCCGCCGAUCUAGCAUACUGGUGCACAAGCUGCUGGACAAGCUGUCCGUGUCUUGCCCUUUGACCCCCAUCUGCUCCCUCAGCAUGCCACGAUGUGACCUGGAGGCACACCUCAAACACAGGUGUCCCGGGACGAGGUGUCAGCAGACGAACGUGGAAGGCCUGCGAUGUGAGAGCGGGGAUGAGCGAGCAAUGGUGACCAGCCCUCCCAGGUCGCCCCACUCCCCACAGACAGAGCUGAGAGACCGCACACCCUCUCCACCCUCCGGACCUAAUAACACCAGCGGCAAUAGGCCCGUGUGGACAGACGACGCCGGCUUCGACAACCCUGCCUUUGAGGAGAGCACGGAGGAGGAAAGUGUGGUCGGGUUGGAGUGUGUGGUCCCCAGGGUGAAGCGGCCCCUCAGUAAUCCCUGCAUCCACCUCCUGCGCUCUGUGAGCUCCACCUCCUCUGGCUGGGACUGCCCCGAGUCGCCACCUCUCUCCGCUGAGGAGGGAUGUGUGAAGUUGCCCUCGCUUCCUGAAGGAGAGAUAACUGCCAUAGAGAUCCACCGGGCGAACCCGUAUGUUGAGCUGGGCAUCAGUGUCGUCGGGGGAAACGAGACGCCUCUCAUCAACAUUGUGAUUCAGGAAGUGUACAGAGACGGGGUCAUUGCACGAGACGGGAGGCUGCUGGCCGGGGAUCAGAUACUACAGGUGAACAAUGUGGACAUCAGUAAUGUCCCCCACAGUUUUGCCCGCUCUACACUGGCCCGCCCCUGCACCACUUUGCAGCUGACUGUGCUCAGGGAGCGUCGUUGUGCCUCCCGGGCGCCUCCCUCCUCGUCCUCCUCCACCCCGGCUGUGCCCCACGCCCCUUGCUCCACCCCUGAGGGCGCCCCGUCCAGCCCUGCUACCCUGAGAAUCACCCUACACAAGAGGGACACAACAGAGCAGCUUGGCAUUAAGCUGGUGAGGCGAACAGAUGAGUCAGGAGUGUUUGUGUUGGAUCUGUUGGAGGGAGGCCUGGCAGCGAAGGAUGGCAGACUUAGGAGUAAUGACCGAGUGUUGGCAGUCAAUGACCAGGACCUACGCAAUGGCACCCCGGAGCAGGCUGCUCAGAUCAUACAGGCGAGUGGAGAGCGAGUCCACCUGCUGAUUGGUCGACCCACCAAACCAACUCCUCCUCCACCGCCAAAAUCAAGCUCCACCAGAGACCUCUACUGCCUUGAUCACUUCCUGCCUAACCACAGCUCUACCCCGAGCCCUGUGCCAAUACACCUCUCCCGCACCAGCACUCACAGAGACCUUUCCCAGUGUGUGACCUGUAAAGAGAAACACAUCACUGUGAAGAAGGAGCCCCUCGAGUCUCUGGGCAUGACUGUCGCAGGAGGGCGGGGUAGUAAGAGCGGGGAGCUGCCAAUCUUUGUGACCAGCGUCCAACCACAUGGCUGCUUGUCGAGGGAUGGGCGAAUCAAACGAGGUGAUGUCCUGCUGAGUAUUAACGGGCAGGACCUAACGUACCUGAGCCACAGUGAGGCAGUGGGCACCCUGAAGGCCAGCGCUGCCUCGCCCUCGGUGCAGCUGCGGGUGCUGGAGGUCAGCAUGGUGGAAGAGCACGACCCUGACGAGCUGCUGCCUCACACACAUGACAGUGACUUUGAUGCCAACUGGUCCCCUUCGUGGGUCAUGUGGCUGGGCUUACCCAGCUACCUGCACAGUAGUCAUGAGAUUGUACUGCGGAGGAGCCACCCGGGCAGCUGGGGCUUCAGCAUCGUUGGGGGAUACGAGGAAAGUCACGGCAACCAGGCGUUCUUUAUCAAGACCAUCGUCCUCGGCACACCUGCGUACUAUGACGGCCGCCUCAAGUGUGGCGAUAUGAUCGUGGCAGUCAACGGCCUGUCGACAGAAGGAAUGAGCCACUCGGCGCUGGUGCCCAUGCUGAAGGAGCAACGCAGCCGGGUGGCGCUUACUGUGGUCUCCUGGCCUGGCAGUCUGGUAUAGCCAGGCCAGAUCGUAAGCCGGCUGCGCACCACACAGAGUCCUCCCAGAAUGUUCUAUAUUGGGAACGACCUUGGCCAAAGUGAACUGGUACACGCUACUGUACAUCGCUCCAUAACAGGCUUAAUCCAGGACCAAAAGCAUUCAGAACUGUAGUAGACCCAGCAGGACCAAGCCUGUCCUGUCCAGGUGGGAACUAAUCCAGAUCGUGGCACGUCACUCGACAGACUGCACUCACAAACACACUGCGGUGUUCAUAUGGUCAUGUUGUCAUCGCUCCCGCAGGGAGAAAUGGUACUGCAACUGUUAACAGGCGAUCUGUGCCGUGUUCACCUCACCAGGCAGUUGUAGAAUCCAGGGCUGUAUUCAGGUGGAUGCAUCGUUGCAGGUAGAGAUAGAAUAUUAAACUUUAAAAGUAGCCUGUGAUCCUCCGUCAUCUAGGAUAAC